AUGCAUUUCUCCAUUCUUUUGCUGCCACUGGUAGCUUCUCUUGCCUCGGCUGUUCCGACAACCUCUAGUUCGGAUAAACCGACGGUGACACUUGACUACACCACUGUUCAAGCGGCUGCUGGUAACGAGACCCUUGGGUACUACAAGUACCAAAACAUUCGUUUUGCUGCUGUUCCCACCGGCGAUCUGCGGUUUGCCAAGCCUCAAUGGCCAUCAAAGGAGUCUGGAAUCAACAAUGGCACGACUUAUGCUACUGCCGACAUUGAUUGCUCCUCGGAAGAGGACUGUCUGUACAUGGAUGUAUGGGCACCCACCAACGCCAAGGGCAAGAAGCUGCCGGUCAUGGUCUGGACUUACGGUGGUGGUUUCACUGGUGGCUCCAAGUCUCAGAACACCCCUGAGGGUCUUUUCGACUUGUCCAAGGAAUUCAUCUUUGUGUCCUUCAACUAUCGUCUUGGUAUUACUGGUAUUGCCAAUUCGGUGACCUUGACUCACCAAGGUGCUACUGAUAAUGUUGCCUUGUAUGAUGUGGAACACGCUUACAAGUGGGUGAAGAAGUAUAUCAGCAAGUUCGGUGGAAACCCAGACGACAUUACUGCCUUCGGUUUCUCAGCUGGUGGUAGUAUGCCACUCUUCCAGAUAACCCGCUAUGGUGGACACAACGAGCAGCUCUUCAACAAGGCCUACAUCACCUCUCCUGGAUUCGUGCCCGGUGCUGGCCACCACCAAGGCGAGAUGUUCUGGCAGAACGUCUCUACUGCCGUUGGUUGCAGCGGCGGCGAUCUGAUCUGCAUGCGUAGUGUUGCCUUUGCCAACCUAACCGAUGCUGCUACCGACGUCUACGACACAUACGGCUACCAAUUCCAGCCUCGCGUCGACGGUGACUUUGUUGCCGACACUUACGAGUCGCAGCUCUACCAGGGCCGUUUCAACUUUGAUGGUCCCUUGGUCAUCACCCACGAAGAGCACGAAAACAACGGCUCGCCCACCUCAGGUGUUAACACCACUGCUGAUGUCGAGGCUGAGCUUCGCGCCUUCUUCCCGGCUAUCACGGACGAUGUCGUUGAGGAGAUCAUGGAGAUAUUCCCCGAGUCCGAAUACACUAGCCCUGGCUACCGUUUUGCUGACAUGCGUCAAUCUUUCGAUCUUACUGCUCAUAACUACGCGCUGACUCGUGCCUUGGACAACAAUACCUGGAAUGCUAUGGUCGCCCUUGAGCAAGCUACCCACGGGACGGACCAGAGCUACUACUGGUACAGCACCUAUUCCCUCUCUUCUAGCAGCUCCAGCCCUGAUGGGGCUGCUUCUGGAGCUGGCGUUGCUAUUAGCAGUGCUUCCUCUGUGAGCUCGACCGUUGCACGCAAGAUGCAGAAAUAUCUCCUCUCCUUUGUUCUCACCGGCAACCCAAACACCAAGUGGGCCAGCGACAAGGUCUACUGGCCCAAGUAUGGUAGCAACGCUACCGAGCUCGUCUUCAACUCUACCAUGUACCUUCAGGAGGAUGAUCUUGCUAGUCCUAAGAGUACCCACUGGAAUAAGGCUCUGUGGUACUAA